CAAAACGUGCAAACAGACCCGUUAGUACAAUGAGUUUAGGUUCUAGAGAAGACGGUUUUGGAGAUCUAUUAUUCAAAUGUUUACAGAAAUAUGAUAAAAGAGUAUUACAGUUUUUAGAUGACACAAAUGACGUUAAUACAUUCUCAGAUAUUCUGACGAGAAGUGUCAGGACAGCAAUUAAACUUAAACAAGAUGGAAUUAGUCGAGGUGAUAUUGUUUCCAGCUGUACCCACAAUCACAAAAACUCUAUCAUUCCAUUCAUUGCUACACAGUUUUUAGGUGCAAUUUCAGCAACUUUUGAUGAAAAUAUACCUCAAUUAGAUACUGUACACUUAUUAAAACUAGUUCAACCCAAGAUCCUAUUUGUUUCCGAAAAUAGCCUAGAAUUUAUGGAAAAGUGUUUACAUAAAGCAAAUAUUAAUACAAAGUUAGUAGUAUUUGGAAAUAGUAAAGAAUAUACUGAAUUUUCGAAAUACGUGGAACCGUGCCAUGAAGAAGAACAAUUUUAUCCAGUUCAAAUUGAAAACCAAAAAGAUGUAGCUGCGAUUGUUUUUAGUAGUGGCACAACUGGUUUACCUAAAGGAAUUUGUUUCCAUCACACAUCUUUAAAAAAUAUAACUAAUCUAAUUACUACUUUGAAUGAAGAUCAUGUGAUAUUAUUUUAUGCCUCGCUUUAUUGGAUUGGUGGUAUAAUUGUUUUAAUCAAAGGUAUAACUAGUGGAUGCUCUUUAGUCACUUGCAAACGAUAUGAUCCAGCUUAUUCGUGGAAUCUUAUUGAAAAAUAUAAGGUUACGUUUAAGUUCCUACCAUCUUAUGACGCCAAAGAUUUUUUAGGCCACAAACCAAAAAACGUUGAUACAAGCAGUUUAAAAGUAUUUGUAACUGGAGCCUGUGCUGUCUCAGAGAAAUUAAUGAAAGGUCUGAUAGAAGCUUUACCCCAAACCAGAAUUAUUCAAUUUUAUGGUACCACUGAAAUAUUAUUAUUCACUUUGUUUAAUUCAAUGAGUGAUGAAGAAUAUGAAUUGCAACUUCUAAAACCAACGUCUUGUGGCAAAGUGGUUUCCAAUUUUAAGUGGAAGAUUGUAGAUAUUAACACCGAAAAACUUCUUGGUCCAAACGAAAAAGGUGAAAUCAGAGUUAAAAGUGAAUAUAUGAUGACAGGAUACUACAAAAUGGAUUAUUCGGCUGCCUUCGACAUAGAUGGAUAUUUUAAAACUGGAGAUAUAGCUUAUUAUGAUAAAGAUGAGUGUUUUUACAUUGUUGGUAGAAUAAAAGAAAUAUUUAAAUACAGAGGAUGGCACAUUAUUCCUGCGAUAAUCGAAGAAGUACUAACAUCGCACCCUGCAGUAAGAGAAGCUGCAAUAGUUGGAGUACCACAUGAAAUUGAUGUAGCCCAUCCAAUGGGAAUUGUAGUAUUAAAUAAGGGAUAUGAUCAUAUAAAAACAGCUGCUAUUGUUAAUUUUGUUAAUGAGAGGGUUUCUGAAAGCCAGAAGUUAAGAGCUGGUGUUAUGAUUGUGAACAAUAUUCCAAAAACUGCAACUGGAAAAAUAAAAAGUAGAUUUUUGGAAGAGAUCGUUUCUAAAAACAUUAUCCAGUAAUAUUAUUUAAUAAUAAUCAAGGGUAAUAUGUCAAUUUGAUGAGAAUAAUUUUAGGAAUUAAUAAUCUGAUUAGAGCCCGAGAGCUUUAGCACGAGCAGUAUAUUAAUCAAGGUCGUGUUAUAUUUGGGUCAGUAGACCAAAUAUUGACUAUUUCUAUAGAGCAGUGGUUCUCAAACUUUUUUAGCGACGGAACCUUUUUGAGAAGCGAAAUAUUUGAUGGAGCCCCUAACACAUUUCUAAAAAAAAGUCGGCAUACUCAAAAUACGGUCCCAAAAAACGCACGCUAAUUAAGCUUUUAUAAUUAUCCGCAUGGGCACUGGUACUGCAUACGGUGUUUAAAAUACAUGGCUUCUUAUGGGAAUUAUAACAUAAUUUUGUCAAAAUAAUAAAAAUAAACUUGUUUAUAGCUAAAUAAAGCACAGA